AUGCCCAUUCACUUCUUCAAAUCCAAGAAAUCGUCAGCGCCGAAAGGUAACACCAUAAAGAAAGCAGAACCCCUCAACGGCCGCCCGUCAGCGCCAACAACUCAACAAAGUAGCUUUCCAGGCAUCGAUAAGAAGCAAAAGGACCUUGUGACCGCAAACGAGUGGAUCAAAGAGGGCUUUUCUAAGAAGCAAAAGAGACCUGGCCGUAGGAUAAGUGUACUAACUAGAACGCUGGCGGAUCCAUAUCAUGCGAUUCUUGUGAAUGGAGCGACCCUAGAGGCGAACGACAAUGCGAUCAUCACCGAACUUGAAAACACCGAAGCUCCAUCUAUAUCUGCAAAUGCCACGGUCUCUGAGUCAUCCAAAGAUAGCAAGACUCAGCAGCAGGUGCAGCCGCCGAUGCUGGACCUUUUGCUUGGCCGCCAAGAUCCCUCCUCUCGCUAUUUCACACGUCGGUUAGUACGCAUACCAGACUCUGACAAUGGCGCUCCUUCGAUCUCCUCUUCCCUUUUCCCAGGGCGUGCUUCCGAAAAUGUAUCGCCGCUCCAGCUCAUUGAUUACGACCCACAUGCCUUUGAGCUAUACAAAAUCUGGUCACAUACUGGCACUCUCCCUACCCACUGUCGAGAAAUAUGGUAUACAUUGAGCGACCGAAACCAAAAGCAUACGUGGCGGAGCUGUUGGUUGCUAAUGAAUGCAGUGAUCCUGGGUAGUACAAUCGGCGAACCGGACUUUACCGACCGUGUCAUGGACUUGCUUGAGGAGAGGGUAGGAAACGGCGUAUGUGCUGACAAGGAUACAAUCGCGCACAUAUUCACCGAAAGAGAUGAUGAUAUUCCGGAGGUACUGAAGCGAUUUGUUGUCGAUCGGUGUAUUGCAGCUGGCUUCGAAAGCUUCAAUGACUUGGACAAACCCAAUUUGCCGUCUUCUUUCAUCAAUCUUGCGCUCGAAACAGCGUUGCGACGUCUAUCACAUGCCGGUCAAGUAUCGCUGGUACCAGGAUGUGAAUAUCACACUCACGAUACUCUAGAGAGCUGCUACAUGAGAAAACUUACAUCAUCAGAAGUCAGGAGGAUGGGCCAAUUGAAACUACAACGUAGCAUGUCACAUAAAAGAUCUGGGGCGAUGGCGACGAAUUCUUGGCAAGAUAACAUAAAAAGAAUCGACUGGGAACAGCGUAGAGCGGGAAUAACCCGAGUUGUGAAGGAUCAGGUUAGAAAGACUGGAGGAACUCAAUGCGGCUUCAACGGGUCAGACAACAGGGGAUCAGGACUCGAUACUACUGACAAGACGACCACAAGAAAUGGGACUACUAGCGACGUGGUUGACAAGAUCAAAAGUGAGCCUCCGACUCGCGCACCACCACCACCGCCUAGCGUUAUCGAAUUGCAAGGUAGCGUAGCGCACGUCAUGCUUCCUUUGGAUAAAGAGACAGCUUUUCAGGAGGAUACAGUGAGACAAACCAAUGGUCUACCGGCACCUUCCUUAACCACAUGCGGCUCUAACUCACCCCAUCUGAGUACAAGGAGUAUUCAGUCGAAGCCGGACACUGGAGAGCUUGCGGAUUUGGGUUCGGAGUUCGAUUUCAAUAAGUGUACGACAUGCCCUGGUGCAUUUCCGGAGUCACGUGUUGGAAGCUUGAAAACUGCUUCUCACCCCGAAGAAAUGUUGGGGAACAGUUGCGCCAGUGCAUGA